CGGUUGUUCUGCGCCUGUUUGGAUAGGCAAUAAUGGUCAACCGUCCCAGUAUUGCUCUCGUUCACACAUGAGGGCAUCGACUCAGCAGCCUCAGCAGCAUCAACAGUCGCAGCAGUGGCAGCAGCCUGGGCUCUGCAAGAACUGUCAGGCUAAGCCCGUCUACACAGAGCCAGGAAAAGUUCACGACUUUUGCGGGCGCACCUGCGCAAAAGCGUAUGCUCAGAGCGGCAAAGGUGGCCAUCAACACCAUGCGGCCGCUACAAAUGGCUCUGGAGCAGGAGCUGUCGGCGACAAGUGCCUUCUCUGUGACCAACGCCCGAGAGUCUUUGUGAACGGGAAAUUGAGUGAUUUUUGCUCUAUCAAAUGCAGAGACACCAUGUAUCAAAGCGCGCCGGCUAUCCUUGAGGUGCCAAAGUCGCAAGGAGAAUUUCGAAGCGUCGCCCAGCAGUUCGGUGACCAGUGGAAGAGCAGCCCCAACUCUCCAGAUGUCAUCAAAAUAUACAAAGUAUACCCUCUACAGAGUCAUGUACAGAAAUUCUUGGCGUACAAAGCUGCCGUCGGUAACUCCAGAAGGCGCUGGCAUGGAACAACUCGUCGUUGUCGCAUUGGAGACGAUGCGCAGAACACCAAUUUCUGCGCCGAUACCGGUUGCUAUAUCUGCAACAUCUUGAAGAAUUCGUUCCAAGUGGAGAAAGCAAGAGCCGGCAGUUUCGGUACAGGAAUAUAUUCAUCAGCCACUACUUCAAAAGCGAACGGUUACAUCGGCAACGCGGGAGGCUCGAGCUAUCGAGCAAUAAUCUUGACCGAGGUUAUAAUGGGAAAAGUUUACAAGCUGACUAGCAGCAACUCGGCCCUCAAGCAGGCUCCCGCUGGGUAUGACUCCGUUGUCGGCGAGUGGGGAGGAAUUUCCGUAAAUGACGAAGCCAUAGUGUACAGGAACGAUGCCAUUCGGCCCCUCUAUCUCGUUAUCUUCAAGCCCUAAUCAUCGUUUCGAAUGAUCCCUCGCAAAUAUCGGUUUUUGCCACAUACAUGCACUAGGUCGUUCCGAACGGGCUUCGCGGCGGGACUCAGCUGGUUGUCGUGGGCAGUGUUUAUACCGGAUAUUCGUUUUGAGAAUAUACUUUUCGCAUGUAUCUACCGUGGAGCAAACGCACCCCGUACUCGGCAAGAGAUUAGUAAAAUAGUAAAUAAAUAUUCC